CUUUUCUCUUUCUCUUUCUUUCAUCUCUUUUUUUCUGCAAAAAAAGAAAGAAAAGGGAUAAAAACCUCACACAUUCUCGACCAGUUUUUUGUAUUUUCGCUUCUUUCUCAACUCUUUCAGUCUUACUCCACUCUUAGUUUAUCACUUUUCAGCUACUCUUUUCUUUUCUUAAAUCGCUCUUUUUUUUUUCAAUUUUAAUUUUCUCAUCUGUUCUGGAUUUUGAAGAGCAGAUAUACUUUGCGGAAGACUUUUAGAUUCCAUCGCAUUUCCAAAGCGAUUCACGCGGUUAGAUUUUAAGUUCUAGUAUGGCUAGUAUCCCCAAUGGCAAUGGCAACGGCAACGGCAACAGUAAUGUCGGUCUACAGCCUGAUCUGCCGCGGAGGACUUACCAAGCAGUAGUGGCUGCGACUCGAGAUAUGGGAAUUUCCAAGGAUGGGAAAAUGCCCUGGAACUUACCUUCUGAUCUCAAGUUCUUUCAGGAGAUCACAACAACAACAUCUGAUUCUGGGAAGAAGAAUGCUGUUGUGAUGGGUAGAAAAACAUGGGAGAGUAUCCCUCCCGAGAAGAGGCCCCUUUCUGGUCGACUUAAUGUUGUUCUGACUCGCUCUGGUAGUUUCGAUAUAGCUACAGCAGAGAAUGUUGUUAUAUGUGGAAGUCUGUCUUCUGCUAUGGAACUGUUGGCUGCAUCUCCUUACUGUCUUUCAAUUGAGAAAGUAUUUCUUACAGGAGGUGGAGAGAUAUUUAGGGAGGCUCUUAAUGCACCUGGAUGUGAGGCUGUGCAUAUUACAGAAAUUGAAGAACGCAUUGAGUGCGACACUUUUAUCCCUCAAAUUGAUACCUCCAUGUUUCAGCCAUGGUACUCAUAUUUUCCUUUGGUGGAAGACAACAUCCGCUAUUCUUUCACCACUUUUGUACGUGUGAGAAACUCUGCAUUGGAGUCCCUGAGUCAGAAUACUCAUUCAGAUUUUGAUAAUAGUUCAGACUCUAGAAAGUUUGAAGUUCAGAAAUUUUCUUUUCUUCCUAAAAUGAUUUUUGAGAGACAUGAGGAGUACAAGUACCUUAGACUGGUUCAAGAAAUCAUUUCUGAAGGUACAACUAAGGAUGAUAGGACAGGGACUGGUACCUUGUCCAAAUUUGGUUGCCAGAUGAGGUUCAAUCUGCGCAGAAGCUUUCCUCUUCUGACAACUAAGAGAGUAUUUUGGCGUGGGGUUGUUGAAGAGCUUCUCUGGUUUAUCAGUGGUUCAACAAGUGCUAAGGUGCUGCAAGAUAAAGGCAUUCAUAUAUGGGAUGGCAAUGCUUCCAGAGAAUACCUUGAUAGCAUUAGUUUGACAGACAGGGAGGAGGGUGACUUAGGACCUGUUUAUGGGUUUCAGUGGAGGCACUUUGGUGCCAGGUAUACAGACAUGCAUGCUGAUUACUCUGGUCAAGGAUUUGAUCAGCUUUUAGAUGUUAUUAACAAGAUAAAGCAGAAUCCUGAUGAUCGACGGAUAAUUCUCUCAGCGUGGAAUCCAGCUGAUCUUAAAUUGAUGGCUCUUCCACCCUGCCACAUGUUUGCGCAGUUUUAUGUAGCAAAUGGGGAGCUCUCGUGUCAAAUGUACCAGCGAUCUGCUGAUAUGGGCCUGGGUGUGCCAUUUAAUAUUGCAUCUUAUGCGCUCUUGACAUGCAUGAUUGCUCAUGUUUGUGAUCUUGUACCAGGUGAUUUUAUCCAUGUUAUUGGGGAUGCACAUGUUUACCGCAAUCAUGUGAGACCUUUGCAGGAGCAGCUCCAGAACCAUCCUAAACCUUUUCCGAUUUUGAAGAUAAACCCAAAGAAGAAGGAUAUAGAUUCUUUUGUGGCAGCUGAUUUCAAUCUCAUAGGCUAUGAUCCUCACCAGAAAAUUGAAAUGAAGAUGGCUGUUUAGGAAUCUAUUAGCAUCUCAAUCCUUUCUUCAAGUUGUUAUGGUUUUUCUGAAACGAGGCAAGUAAGAAAAAAUAACUCUUAAUUCAGUUGAGCUAGUUUCGAGUUGGUAACUGUUAAAAGAAAAAUCCGGGUUUCCAAAAUUACAGUACCUACAAUAAUAUUAUAAGUUUGAAAAUCACUCCAUUAUAACAAGUUGAUGUAUCUGCUUUUCAGAGAAUUUUAAUCUGUGAAAGCAUAGGCCCUAUUUUGAAAUUAGGGUAUUUCUUUUCAUUA